AGCACUCCACCAGAACUGCGAAUAGCUGCAGAAAAAGCGACUGAUGGCACGAUUCCAGAAAAAAGCAAAGAGAGGUACGAAAAUACUUACAACACGUAUAGCCAAUGGUGCGAAGCAAAAGGUGUGGGGCAUCACUCUGAGACGGUACUUCUUGCCUAUUUUUCUGAACUAAGUAAAAAAAGCAAAGCUUCCACAUUAUGGUCCAGGUAUUCCAUGUUGCGGACAAUUCUAAGUAUUAGGCAUAAUGUUAAUAUCAGUAACUAUGAAAAAUUACGAGCAUACUUGAAAAGGCAGAAUGUGGGAUACAAACCUAAAAAGUCUAAUGUUUUAUCCGAAACAGAAAUUGAAAAAUUUCUUAAUGAAGCUCCAAUAGAGUAUCUUCCGCAAAAGGUUGCUUUGAUUGUUGGCAUUUCUCUCGGCAUUUCUGGUGCUUGCAGGUGUGAUGAGCUUUUAAAAAUGAAAAUGACUGAUUUGGAAAUUUUGGCACAUCGCAUUAUAAUAGUGAUUCCUGUAACAAAAACCUACUCGUCCCGUACAUUUGUAAUUACAAAACCGGAGUGGAUUAAGAUUGUAAAACAUUACUACGAUCUUCGCAACAAUGUACAUUCUGAAAGGUUUUUUCUACAAAUUAGAUCAGGAAGAAUUACAAAACAACCAUUUGGGCAUAAUUCUAUUGGAAAUUUCCCCAAAAAGAUAGCAGCUUUCUUAAAAUUGGAAAAUGUCAAUGGGUUUACAGGGCAUUGCUUUAGACGCACUUCAGCAACAUUGCUAGCAAAUACAGGUGGAGAUAUUCUGCAGUUGAAACGACUAGGAGGGUGGAAAUCUAGUACCGUAGCGGAAGGGUACGUUGAGAACUCAAUACAUGGGCAAGUACAAAUUGCAAAUAUGCUGUCUCAUGCAGAGAAGCCGCAACCGUCGACGUCUGCGGCGACUUCUGAAAUUCAACAAGGUGUUACUUUAACUGUCAAUAAUAGUGACACCGCCAAUGUAACCAUUAAUGUUUACAACAAUAGCAAAUAGUUUCGUUCUUCGUAUUGUUGUGUUGAUCUAAUUAAAUACAUACUCAAUUGAUUCUUAUAAGAUAUGAAUAGCAUUUGCAGGUAAGGAAAGUGACAGAUGCUAGCCAGGAAAGUGACAGCUAGCCGGGAAAGUUACUUUCCCGGCCAAGGUGAGUAAUGAG